AUGGCAGCUUCUUUGGUAACUCGUGGCUUAACUCAGCUGAAAAGCAAAGAAUUUCGAGAUUAUCUUUUCAGUACGGUAAGUUAUUGUCAAAAAUCAAUUAUUGACCUGAUGUUGAUUCAUUUCGCUAAUUGGGGCUUACCAUUAGCUGCAUUGGCUGAUUUGAAGAAGGAUCCAGAGAUAAUUAGUGGAAAAAUGACUGUUGCUCUUUGUUUUUAUUCUUUACUAUUUAUGAGAUUUGCUUUACGUGUCAAACCAAAAAAUCGUUUAUUAUUUGCUUGUCAUUUUGCCAAUGAAUGUGCUCAGUUGAUGCAAUUGAGCAGAUUAAUCAAUUAUAAAUAUGGUAAAGCGCAACCUAUUCAUCAAAAUCAAGUACCACUAACAAAAACAGUUCCUGCACCUUAA